AAGUUAUAAAUAAAGUAUUAUUAUUAUUAUUAUUUUGGUGGGUUGAAAAAAAUAGAAUUAUCUGUGCCUGAAAAUGAAAAGCAGAGAGUGUUUAUUUAGUGGGUAAGUGAAGGCAUAAUUAAAUCCAAUAAAAAAAGGAAAGGAAGAGAAAGGGAGAAUGAGUAGGAGAGGAGAAGAAGAAUACGAUUAUCUGUUCAAGGUAGUACUGAUCGGCGAUUCUGGCGUUGGUAAAUCCAAUCUUCUCUCCCGAUUCACUCGCAAUGAGUUUUGUCUCGAGUCCAAGUCCACUAUCGGCGUUGAAUUCGCCACCCGUACCCUCAAGGUCGAGUCAAAAACCGUUAAAGCUCAGAUAUGGGACACCGCCGGACAGGAACGUUACAGAGCGAUCACCAGCGCCUACUAUCGCGGUGCUCUUGGUGCUCUUCUUGUCUACGAUGUGACCAAACCAAUUACAUUCGACAAUGUCAGCAGAUGGCUUAAGGAACUGAGAGAUCACGCUGAUGCUAACAUUGUCAUCAUGUUGAUUGCUAACAAAACCGAUCUGAAACAUCUCCGUGCGGUUGCAACUGAGGAUGCUCAGAGUUAUGCUGAGAAGGAAGGCCUUUCUUUCAUUGAGACAUCUGCUCUUCAAGCUACCAAUGUGGAGAAGGCUUUCCAGACUAUCCUUGGAGAGAUAUACCGCAUUAUCAGUAAGAAAUCACUUUCUUCCAAUCAACCUCGUGAUAAUCAUGAUGAUGAUGCACCUUCUAAUAUUAAUAUCAAACAAGGCAAGACCAUCACCGUUGGUGGACCCCAACCCUCCAAUACAAACAACUCCUGCUGUACAUCUUCAAUGUAACUACUUUCUUAUUAGGAUUUACUUUUAAACUCUUCUGUCUGCUCACUAUUUACUAUUUACUAUUUACUAUUAUACAUUUUCAAUUCCCUGCUCAAACAUUACCAAUUUCAUCAUGUCUCCAAUGUUCUUCUAUUCAAUGUGUAUUUUCUGAGUUUGUACACAUUUAUUCAACUGUUUAGGUUAGCUAAGUUCACAUGUUGUUUGUGGGUUUCCUAUUGCCGA